AUGAAUGGGUCAAGAGUGAGCGACCAGAAUACCAAAGCUCGUCUUGCUGCUCAGUUCAACCAAUUCUACAUACAAAUCACAUCACCUGAAGUUAUACAUAUAGGCAAUUAUAAGAUUAUAAAAGAAAUCGGGGAAGGUGCCUUUGGAAAAGUUUAUUUGGCUAACCAUGUUCUUUUGAAUGUGCAAGUGGUAUUGAAGUGUGGCUUGAUUGACGACCCAAAUAUUGUUAGGGAAGUAUAUUACCAUAGACAAUUACAACACAAAAACAUUGUAAAAUUAUAUGAAGUGAUAAAAACGGAAAAACACUUGUGGAUGGCUCUCGAGUAUUGCGAAGGAAGUGAAUUGUUUUACUACAUUUAUGAAAAACGAAGACUCGAAUAUCAUGAAUGCCAAAAUUUGUUCAACCAAAUAAUAACGGGAGUGAAAUAUGUUCAUUCACUUAACCUUGCACAUAGAGAUUUAAAAUUGGAGAAUAUACUUUUGGCAGAUACUAAGAAAUCAAUAGUUAAAUUGACUGACUUUGGAUUUGUUCGAGAGUUUAAUCCAAUAAAACGUCAGUUUCUUUCUACAGUUUGCGGCACAACCGUUUAUAUGGCUCCUGAGCUAAUCAAAAACCAGCCGUAUUCAGGAUUUGCCAUUGAUAUUUGGUCUUUAGGAGUUAUUCUAUUCACAAUGCUCUAUGGUGAAAUGCCCUUCGAUGAAGAUGACGAUUUGAAAACGAAAUACAAAAUAAUAAACGAAGAACCCAUUUAUAGAGAUUCAGUACCGCAAGAAGCUAUUGACCUUUUACGAAGAAUGCUUUCCAAAGAUCCGCGUUCACGGCCUAGUCUUAACGACAUAUCAAACUCGUCAUUUUUUAUUGAUAUAAAUAAUAGACAUUUUGAGAAAACCAAUAGAUCAUCUAUCUAUAAUGAUCAGGAUUCUAUUCUUUCGAUAAGUCAACAUUAUAAUUCCGAUGCACAACCAUUCCAAUCAAAGAUGGAUCGAAAUCUAAUGAGGAGAUUUGAGAAAUUAAACAUUGAUACUAUUCAGCUUCAACAAGAUGUAUUAAAUGGAGAGAAAAACCCAUUGACUGCAUUCUAUGAAUUGUCUUUAGUUAGAGAGUUUACUAAGAAGAAGAGACAUUAUAAGGAAAAGAAAAGGAAGUAUCACGAGGCAAAAAAAUCAUUGAUAAAUUCUCGUAAGAAAGUCAAAAGUGCCCUUUCCUUAUCUGAGCAGGGAAGUGGUCCUCCGCCUUUAGAAAGAAUCAUUUCAAGUUUAAGUUUAAGCUCGAACAGAAAUAGCGUCAGCAGGACAAACCUUUCAAAGGUUGGAUCACGAAAGUCUAUUGAAUUUAGCGAUCCAUAUAAGAGGCCUAAAGGUUCUGAGCUGAACAGAAAUUCUUUAACAGGACAUCGAAUGAAUAAGACAGUCUCUAAUUUAGAUCAAGACUUCAUGCAUAACCCUGAAUUCCAAGAAACGAAUGCCGAAACUGCGCCACUUACAAAAAUAGUUACAUUUAACCAAGAUGAAAUGAGAAGAAGACCUUCAAAUGCUACUACCACUCUCAGUUCCACAACUGGAAGUGAAAACCUGAAAAAGAAGAUUAAAAAUGCUAGAAUCUUUAACAAGCUUCAAUUUUGGAAGAAGAACAAGAAUACUAAUGGUGCUGAGAUAACAAGGGAGAAUGCGUUGAGACCCACGGAACAGCAUUAUGGUAAUGGGGAAAAGAUUGCACUCAUCAGCAAUGGUCGCUCACCAAGUCCAAAGACAGAUCCUAACGGAAUUUACAGACAUAUAGUUCCAAUAAUCGAGACACAGGAUACAACACUUGUGAAUGAAAACCUGGUGCCUAAUGAGAAUGAAAUCGAAGAAAAAAAUGACCUUAUCCAGGACGUAGAUAAUAAUAUGGAUGAAGCGGUAUUUGAAUCGCCAAAUAGACAAGCAACCCCAACACUGGACAAUUAUCCUUUGUCAUCGAAAUAUUUAAAGACAAGACCUUCAUCUGUUGUAUCUCAGGUAAGCCAAUUGAGCCAUUUGAGCCAGCUCUCAACUAUGAUGUCCGAAUCUGAUAUUCUUGGGGAAACGGAUACUAUGGAUGAAGAAGAAUAUGACGAAGAUGGCAUCUAUGAGUCGUCAUUAGAUAAUUCGCAACAAGAUUUCCCUCAAAGACAUUCUUCUGUGAUGAGUCCGGUUUCAGGAUCAUCAGCCACAACUAAUACUAAACCAUCGCUUAUCAAGAAGCGUCCAAGUUAUAGGCGAACAUUAUCAUCAGACGUUUCAAUCAUGUCUACUUCGACCGCUGCCACUGGAUCAAAUCCUGCUCCUACCAAAUCGCAUCAUCAAAAAAGAUCAUUGUCACGCUUGUCUAGUAAUUCGUCGGAGGAAAGUUAUUCUCAGUCCAGAAAGAGUGCCAACAUGAAUGGUAACUUAUUCGCUUCGCCAACUCCCAUAGUUCCGAUGACAGAACCAGUAAAUGAUAUUAAUUCGAGUUUAUCGCCUGUGCCAAAUAGACCAGUGUCCCCAGAAACGACGCCACCAGCCAAAAAAAUGACAUUCGUUAAUUCAAAGCUUUGGCGUCAUUCCAGAAAUACUCCUUCUCAAAACACAGCACCUCCUAAACCCAAUAAUAUUCAGCCGUAUCAGCUUCUUAAUGAUAAUGAAACUAUUACAAGGUCUCAUUCACCACCAAUACCAAAUAAAUUUAAUAAACUUAAGCUGAAAAAUGGACAAAUUAAUAAUAACCAGGAUCAGAUGUAUAACUCGAAUUUUUCUGUGAAAACAUCCUGGCCUAAAAAUGCUAAUCAGCAGGAAAAUAGCGAUGUAAAUUAUAGAAACAUGCAACUAAUAGAUGAUAAUUCAGUUUGGAACAGAAACAACAAUAUUAUGGGCCCUAUAAACGGAAAUAAUAUGUAUCAAGCCAAUUUUAUUAUUAAUGAAGAGGAGGAAGAUGAAAGCUAG